AUGCCUGGUGCAAUUCGGACCGUGUGUAAAGUCGACUUCGACACUCCUGCUGCGGAGCAGCCUUACCUUCAUAACAGAUGGCAUCCUGACAUUCCCUUCGCUGGCACUAUCAAGGACGGGGAGACCGUCAAAAUCGAGUGUCUUGACUGGACCGGCGGCCAGAUUGGGAACAACGACUCUGCUGAUGAUGUCAAAAACGUGGACUUGACCAAAGUCCAUUACCUCAGUGGCCCGUUCGAGGUCGAAGGCGCCAAGCCUGGCGAUCUUUUGCUUGUUGAAAUCAUGGAUGUACAGCCAUUUCAAGACCAGCCAUGGGGCUUUACAGGCGUCUUUGAUAAGACCAAUGGCGGUGGCUUCUUGGAUGAGAUCUACCCUUCCGCUGCCAAAGCGAUCUGGGAUUUUGAGGGAAUCUUUUGUUCGUCCCGACAUAUUCCCCACGUUAAGUUUGCCGGCUUGAUCCAUCCUGGAAUUCUGGGAUGUGCGCCGUCUCCAGAAGUCUUGGCCACCUGGAACAAGCGAGAGGCCGAGCUCAUAUCCGCAAACAAGCUGGAGCGAGAUGUGGCCCUGCCACCACAGCCGAUCAGCGUGCAUGCCGGAAGCGCCGAUGAGGAACUGAAGACCAAAGUCGGAAAAGAGGGCGCGAGAACCAUCCCGGGAAGACCAGAGCAUGGCGGGAAUUGCGACAUCAAGAACCUUAGCAGAGGUAGCAAAGUAUACUUGCCGGUGCACGUCGAUGGUGCCAAGUUCAGUGUUGGUGAUCUGCACUUCUCUCAGGGUGAUGGCGAGAUCUCUUUCUGUGGCGCCAUCGAGAUGGCUGGCAUCAUUACGAUCAACUUCAAGGUGAUCAAGAAUGGCAUGGCUGAUCUUGGUCUCAAGUCACCCAUUUACAUCCCUGGCCCUGUCGAGCCUCAGUUUGGUCCAGGACGUCACAUCUACUUCGAGGGGUUCAGUGUCGAUGAGCAUGGCAAGCAACACUACAUGGAUGUGACAGUUGCCUAUCGGCAGACUUCAUUGCGUGUUAUCGAAUACCUCCGCCGGUUUGGCUACAGACUUCCUAUGGAUAUUUUCGAUUUUGAUAUUGCUCCUACUGGCCCAGCAAAACAGCUAGACAUGGGUACGUGUGCGUACGAGACUGGCGUGACUGAAGGCAAGGUGACCCAAGGAGGCGAAAACAGUGAGCAUAGUUUUGGUGGCGGUUUGACCUUUAAGACCACCAAGGAUAUGGUUAAGGAGGUUGUCAUUGGAUCUUGA